GCCCCGCUUGCACGAGUACGUAAUGGGCAACAAAACACAUCUGGGUGGCUCUGCGGAGUCUGGCCGCAAAAUCGGUGUGCCGGCUGCUGCUGUGGUCUCAGGAUCCUUUCUCUCAGGCGCAAUGAUGGCCCUCUCAGCUUUCGCAAUCCCGGUAUUUCUCGAGACAAACGACGAUCCCCAGCAUCUUCUCGAUCAAUGGGCCCGCCUCUACCACUACGGUCAUAUCUACAUGCCAGCCAUCUGUGUUGCAACGUGCGGCCUGUACGGCUACGCGGCUGCGAGCAAGAGGACCAUGCACAAUCCCCAUUGGCACCGGUACGCGCAGGCUGCUGUGUUGACCAUAUCGAUGGUCCCAUUCACCUGGCUGGUGAUCUCACCCACCAACGACACCCUGUUUGGGCUGCGGGCCGGUGGCGUAUCUGUGGAGAGCUCGGGGGUUAUCCAGGCGUUGAUUGUGAAAUGGGCGUGGUUGCAUAUUACCCGAUCUUUCUCUCCUCUCUUCGGAGCUGUUCUGGGUUUCACGACGCUCCUACGCGAGAUCCGCAUGUAAGGGCCCCCGGUGGAUGUCUUAGACGGGGGGUUGAUUGCUCGGUGCAAUUUGUGGCCGGAGAUAAGGAUGGUGUGAUUUAUUGUCUUGGGAGAGGCUUUGAACGACAGUGUCUCAUAUAUCCCGAGAAUGUCUUACAGGAACACGACAUGAAUAUGUGUGGUUGGGGCAAGGUAGAAAGGGUAGUGGACAGAUUCUUGGCCUGUAUUGUAUGGGCAUAGUCGCCUCAGCCGGUGGAAAAAGAGACGAUGGUGCCUAAGGUGAAGGAGCAUGCACUGUUCCAUGGAGGCGCACACACAGAGCUGAAUAUGCCGAGGGCUAGCUGGCUAAGUAGGUAACGAAUGUCUUAGGGUCAUUGUCAG